AGCUAGCCGUCUCCGCGCUGCAGGCGAAGCUUAUUUGCAGAAACCCUCCUGCCCCCCGGGGGCCUAGCUAUCCGUGGAUCCCCAUCGACGCCGGGCGGCACUUUAGCGGCUGGCGCUCCGCGUAAAGCCGUCGUAAAAUAUCACCACGUUAAGAUCCGUCGUUUGACGAGCUGGGCGAGCGCGCGAGCGCGUGCGUGCGUGCGUUUGAUUUACGGCAGCUAGUUAGCCGUCGCAGCUGUCACCCGACACUGCCGCCGCGAAGCCGAACGGAAGCCUCGACCGAGCCGUCAGCAGCCGAGGAUGAACGUCGCCAAAAGUGGCUAUCGUGUCUUCUCUGCAAACUCCUCUGCAGCCUGCACGGAAUUAGCCAAGAAGAUAACCGAGCGGCUGGGAGUUGAGUUGGGGAAGUCUGUGGUCUUCCAGGAAUCUAACAGAGAGACAAGAGUGGAUGUAAAAGAAUCGGUUCGUGGUCAAACGAUCUUCAUCAUACAAACUAUACCACGAGAUGUCAACACGGCCAUUAUGGAGCUGCUGGUCAUGGCCUAUGCUCUCAAGACCUCUUGUGCAAAAAACAUAAUCGGGGUCAUUCCUUACUUCCCUUACAGCAAACAGUGUAAGAUGAGAAAGAGAGGCUCCAUAGUGUGCAAGCUGCUGGCCUCCAUGUUGGCCAAAGCAGGUUUAACACACAUCAUUACCAUGGACCUGCAUCAGAAGGAGAUCCAGGGAUUUUUUAGCUUUCCAGUGGACAAUCUGCGUGCCUCGCCUUUCUUGCUGCAGUACAUCCAAGAGGAGGUCCCUGAUUACAGAAAUGCCAUUAUUGUGGCAAAGUCCCCAUCAGCAGCCAAGAGAGCUCAGUCCUACGCAGAGCGGUUGCGUCUGGGCCUGGCUGUGAUGCACGGAGAGGCCCAGUGUUCAGAGUCUGACAUGGCUGAUGGGAGACAUUCCCCUCCCUGUGUACGCAACACCACAGGACACCCGGGACUAGAGCUUCCUUUAAUGAUGGCCAAGGAGAAGCCUCCUAUCACUGUAGUUGGAGACGUGGGAGGAAGGAUUGCCAUCAUUGUGGAUGACAUCAUAGAUGACGUGGAGGACUUCGUAGCAGCUGCAGAGAUCCUGAAAGAGAGAGGGGCUUACAAGAUCUACAUCAUGGCCACACAUGGCUUACUGUCUGCUGAUGCCCCGCGCCUUAUAGAGGAGUCUGCCAUCGAUGAGGUGGUGGUGACCAAUACAGUCCCCCACGAAGUGCAGAAGCUGCAGUGUCCCAAGAUCAAAACCGUGGACGUGAGUAUGAUACUCGCUGAGGCCAUCCGUCGCAUCCACAAUGGAGAGUCCAUGGCCUACCUGUUCCGCAACAUCACCGUGGAUGACUAGAGG